AUGGAUCAUCUAUCUCCAUCUUUAUCAAUAUUAUUUGAAAAUGGUUAUGUUAUUAAUAUUUCUCAUAAACAAAUUGAUCGUAUUUGUGAAUUCGUUAUUAAUUGUCAGUCAAAACUAUUAAUAAAAAAAUUUGAAAAUACCAAUGAUUAUAAUAUAAAUCAAGGUUUUCGUAUUCAUAGUUGGUCGAUUGAGAGUUUAAAAUUAUUAUUAUCUUCGUCAACAUCAUUAUUAAUUUGUAUUAAUGAUGAUAAGCAAAAUAAAUUAGCUGGUUAUUUAUUAUUAACAUCGAUUGAUCGUCGUAUUCAUCAUAUGAAUCCAGAAGUUGAUCAGUUUAUACUUGAUGAAAAUGUUAUUACAAAUGAACGAUGGGAACAAUUAGUAUCAUCUCCUUAUGUUCGUUAUAUUGAACAAACAGGUGUAGAUAUUGAAUAUCAUCGUCAAAAUAUUGGAAAAUCACCAUCUGGUCUCAUUGAUACAUUUGACAUAACACAACUAUCACGUUUAACUGUGAAGCAACAAAUUAUGGCUACUAAUGGUGCAGGGAUUCGUAGAUAUGGUGAGAAAUUGCUAAAAGCUCUUGAAUCAAACGCAGGCAUUGUAGCUGAACGUGGUUUAGAAGUGUUUGGUUUUCAACAUUUAUCAUUUUAA